AUGGCAGGCAAGUUGACCGUCAAGAUCCCGCCCUCGCCCUUUGUCCGGGUCUCCUCCUCGCAGGACGAGGAGCAACAGCGCCCAGUGAUGCGUUCUCUCAGGCCCAAGCCCCAGAGCUCCCAACCGUGCAGGCGGCUGCGGGAUCCCACCGACUACGAGUCGGACCGUUCCGAGUACUCGGAAUCCGAGGACGAGGACCCGUACUGUAGCCGCCGGGGCGAAUUGCCCCGCAACAUGAAGAAGAAGAAGAGCAAGGGCGUAGACGGUCGUCGCGGCAGUGCCGCCGACGGCGAGGCCGAGGAGAAGCAUUCAAUGCGGCCCAGCCCAGGUGAAUAUGAAGCCCUUCUCGAGAGCGAGAAUAAUCCCUACAGCGAGGAUACAAAGCUGCCGAUGACCACGCCUGCGGGCCUCGGGGGCAAAUUCUCGCAUACCAAGCCCAAGUCGUCGUACUCUAUUUCCUCCUCGUCCUCUUCCUCCUCGCUCAACUCGCAGGCUAGUGUCGAAUCCUCGGCGCCCAAGUCCAAGAACCGCUGGGCUGGCUUCUGGGGAGGACGCUCGCCGUCUCCCGAAUCCGAGUCUUCAAAGACCGGACAAAAGAUUGUCGAGGUCCAGGUCGAGGUCGCCCGUCCCAAGUGGGACUCGACUGAAGAGACGCUACUCAAGCUUCGCCGUGAAGAGGAGGCCGCUGAGCGCGCUAUUGAGGAAGAGAAGCUGAAAGCGCUCGAGAGGCUGAAGAGUCUCGGCAUCACUGAUUCUGGAGUGCGUUGUAUAGAUAGGUAG